AGCAUGUGGGAGCUCCGGUCCAUAGCCUUCUCCAAGGCUGUGUUCUCCGAGUUCCUGGCCACACUCCUCUUCGUCUUCUUUGGCCUUGGCUCGGCCCUCAACUGGCCACAGGCCCUGCCCUCUGGGCUGCAGAUCGCCAUGGCUUUCGGCCUGGCUAUUGGCACCCUGGUGCAGACUCUGGGCCACAUCAGUGGGGCCCACAUCAACCCCGCUGUGACUGUGGCCUGCCUUGUGGGUUGCCAUGUUUCCUUCCUCCGAGCCAUCUUCUAUGUGGCUGCCCAGCUGCUGGGGGCUGUGGCAGGGGCCGCCCUACUCCAUGAGCUCACACCACCAGACAUCCGCGGGGACCUGGCUAUCAAUGCGCUCAGCAACAACACAACGGCUGGCCAGGCUGUGACUGUGGAGCUCUUCCUGACCCUGCAGCUGGUGCUCUGCAUCUUUGCCUCCACCGAUGACCGCCGUGGAGAUAACCUGGGCAGCCCUGCCCUCUCCAUCGGCUUCUCUGUGGCCCUGGGCCACCUCCUCGGGAUUCACUACACUGGCUGCUCCAUGAAUCCUGCCCGUUCCCUGGCUCCGGCAGUCAUCACCGGCAAGUUUGAUGACCACUGGGUCUUCUGGAUCGGACCCCUGGUCGGUGCCAUCUUGGGCUCCCUCCUCUACAACUACAUCCUGUUCCCCUACUCCAAGAGCGUGUCGGAGCGCCUGGCCGUGCUGAAGGGGCUGGAGCCGGACACUGACUGGGAAGAGCGCGAGGUGCGGCGGCGGCAGUCGGUGGAGCUGCACUCGCCGCAGAGCCUGCCGCGUGGCAGCAAGGCCUGAGCGCGGCCGCCGGC